AUGUCAGACGACGAUGAUUUUAUGCAAGAAUCUGAUCCAGAACAAUAUGAUUUUGAGUACGAAGAUGACGACGACGCCGAAGGCGGAGACGUGGACAUUGAGAAUAAGUAUUACAAUGCCAAACAACUGAAAGCCGACAGUCCAGAAGAUGCCGUAGCCGAAUUUCUCGGCGUUCCCAGUCUUGAGGAAGAGAAGGGUGAUUGGGGUUUCAAAGGCCUCAAACAAGCCGUCAAGCUCGAGUUCGCCCUGGGCCGUUACGACGAUGCCGUGAAGCAUUACAAAGAACUGCUCACAUACGUCAAGUCUGCCGUGACGAGAAAUUACUCAGAAAAAUCGAUCAACAACAUGCUGGAUUACAUUGAGAAGGUGGCAACGGAACAGACGGCCUACCGAUGCAUGGAAGAAUUCUAUUCCUUGACUCUGGAGACAUUCCAAAGCACCAACAACGAAAGAUUAGCCUUGAAGACAAAUCUGAAGUUGGCGAAGCUCUAUCUGGAUAAGAAAGACUACAAUCAACUCACUAACAAAGUGCGAGAGAUACACCAGGCAUGCCAGAAAGAGGACGGGACGGAUGACCCGGGAAAGGGGACCUAUUCCCUAGAGGCCUACGCCCUGGAAAUUCAAAUGUAUGCCGAAAUGAAGAAUAACAAGCGUCUCAAAAAUCUCUACCAGAAGGCCCUGUCCGUCCGUUCUGCGGUUCCCCACCCAAAAGUCCAAGGCAUCAUUCGUGAGUGUGGAGGAAAGAUGCACAUGAGCGAAGAGAACUGGAAGGAAGCGCAGAGUGACUUCUUCGAAUCGUUCAAGAAUUACGAUGAAGCAGGAUCUAUGCAGAGAAUCCAAGUGUUGAAAUAUCUCGUACUGACGACAAUGCUGAUGAAGUCAACCAUCAAUCCAUUUGACUCACAAGAGACUAAGCCGUACAAGAACGACCCCCGAAUUUCGGCGAUGACAGAUUUGGUCGACGCUUACCAACAGGAUGACAUUCAUCGAUACGAAUCAAUCCUCAGAGACAACCAAGACCUUCUUGCAGAUCCAUUUAUUGCCGAGAACAUCGACGAAGUCAGCCGCAAUAUGCGCACCAAGGCGGUGCUGAAACUGAUCGCCCCAUACACCCGCUUUACUUUGCAGUUCAUAUCCAAACACAUCAAGAUCCCUGUUAGCGAGGUCCAGGACAUAUUGGGGAUGUUGAUCGUGGACAAGAAGCUGCACGCGAAGAUCAAUCAAGACGAUGGCACGGUUCUGGUCGAAGAGACAGGCGCUGGUGAUACGGAACGUCUUACCCAGCUGCGCGAAUGGACGUCAGCGGUCGAGAACUUGUGGUCCACGGUGCUGCAUGACGGUGAGGGCUUCAAGCUUGAAGACACACAGGGAAAUGGUGGAUAUGGAGGAGGCAUCGUGAACUUCCCCAUGGGUUUAGACACUGGCAAUGCCAUCCCCGGCCGUGGAGCAGGACGGCGUCUUGCUGGACGGGGCGGUCGAGGCGGGGGCAAGACAGUUGCACCGAUUUGA